UUAAUUCAAUAACUCUAAAGUUACUCACCGGUACUCAACAUUAAUAACCAGGGACCACGGGCGCAUUUUUUGCAUGUUUUUUUUAUAGUGAGCCCCAUACUACUUAUAGACAAAGGAGAAGAACAACCAACGAGCAUCACACACAUCAUGAACCAAACCCAAAGCCAUUUUGUCGACGAUAAUAAUCCCAAGCCUGCGAGAACUGGUAUGUCCACCAAACCGGAGUGGAUAACCGAGACCAUGAAUGGUGGAACCUUCCGCCACGUGGAUCUCCAUACAGGAAUCAAUGGCUGGGCUUCCCCUCCAGGAGACGUCUUCUCUGUCCGCUCCGCCGACUAUUUCACCAACAAACGCAAAUGUCCCGGCGGAGACUACCUCCUCUCUGCCGCCGGCGUUGACUGGCUCAAAUCCAGUACCAAACUCGAUAACAUCCUAUCUCGUCCCGACAACCGCGUGGCUCACGCGCUCAGAAAAGCACAGUCUCUUGGCCAGUCCCAAAACGGUUUCAUCUUCGCUGUGAACUUCCAGGUUCCAGGCAAGGAACACCACCACGCGGUGCACUACUUCGCGACCAACGAACCCAUUCCCUCAGACUCUCUCCUCAAGAAGUUCAUAGACGGUGACGAUACAUUUCGUAACCAGCGGUUUAAAAUAGUGAGCCAAGUCGUGAAAGGGCCAUGGAUAGUUAAAGCUGCGGCGGGACAGUUCGGUGCGUUUCUUGUGGCUAGGACCGUGAAGUGUACUUACCAUAAAGGACCAAACUACUUUGAGAUCGAUGUGGAUACAGGUAGCUGGCCGAUCUUGUCGGCACUUGUGCGGCUUUUGCUUGAGUAUUCUAGGAACCUUACGGUUGACAUUGGCUAUGUUAUCGAGGCGAAAGAAGAGGAUGAGUUGCCGGAGAGAGUUAUCGGAGGUGUUAGGUUGUGUCAUAUGGAGGUAUCGUCUGCGUUUGUGGUCGACCCGCAGCCAUUGAAACCGUACAGGAUGAUGGGUUCGGUGGGAGCAAGCCACGACAACGACAUGAGUUGAAUGAAUUUCUUGUUAUUUUCUUUUUAUAGAAAGAUUAAAACAUUUAUAAAUUUAUUACGAAUAACCCAUAAGGGAUAAAAUGUGCACACUAGUCGUUACUCUAUUCUUCUUGGUCCGAGCAUCGUGUCACGAGACCAAGGAUUAGGAUAUAGUACAGACAACUUGUGUGUGUGAUUGUUGUGGUGGUGAUGAUGAUUGAGACUUGUCACUUAGUUCGAUCUCAAAAAUUGUUAUGAAUGCAACAACAAAUAUAUAA